GCCGCUUUGAUAUCUGAUUAGUACCAUGUGGCCAAUCAAUUAAGAUUUUUUUUGUCCUCAGCCGCUUUCCGUAGAGAGCACGCCUGUGAUUGGUCAAUCUGACGUCCGUGCUAAAUAGAGUCGUCUGGAAAACGUCCGUCUGAUCACGAUCAAAAUGAGCCUGAGGAAGCAGACUCCGAGUGACUUUCUGAAACAGAUCAUUGGCAGACCUGUUGUGGUCAAACUGAACUCUGGGGUGGAUUAUAGAGGUGUCCUGGCCUGUUUAGAUGGCUACAUGAACAUUGCCAUAGAGCAGACAGAGGAGUAUGUUAACGGGCAGCUUAAGAACAAAUAUGGAGAUGCCUUUCUAAGAGGAAACAAUGUUCUGUACAUCAGCACGCAGAAGAGGAAGGUCUAGUGAAGAUCAUUUUAUUUUCAUUUUAUUUGUUUAUUAUUGUUUCAGAAGAUGACUGUUAUAGGUUUUUGGUUCUGUAAAGCCUGAUGAGCAUUUGUUUUGUAAAAGUGGAAUAAGUGAAUAAAUUCUGAGUUUGGAUUUA